ACAAGCAGCCAAGCAGAGGGGCAGGCAGCACGCGGCCCGGCGGCCAGAGCGCCAGCCCAGCCAUGGUCCCUGAGAUGAGCGACCACCAAGUGCUGGAUGUCUCUGAGAUUGCCUCCCUCCUGGAAAACUUCAGCUCUUCCUACGACUAUGGAGAAAAUGAGAGUGACUCCUGCUGUGCCUCCCCACCCUGCCCGCAGGACUUCAGCCUGAACUUCGACCGGGCCUUCCUGCCGGCCCUCUACAGCCUCCUCUUUGUCCUGGGGCUGGUGGGCAACGGCGCCGUGGCGGCCGUGCUGCUGAGCCGGCGGGCAGCCCUGAGCAGCACCGACACCUUCCUGCUGCACCUGGCCGUGGCCGACGCGCUGCUGGUGCUGACGCUCCCGCUCUGGGCGGUGGACGCUGCCGUGCAGUGGGUCUUCGGCUCCGGCCUCUGCAAGGUGGCAGGCGCUCUCUUCAACAUCAACUUCUACGCGGGGGCCCUCCUGCUGGCCUGCAUCAGCUUUGACCGCUACCUGAGCAUAGUGCAUGCCACCCAGCUCUACCGCAGGGGCCCCCGGGCCCGCGUGGCCCUCACCUGCAUAGCUGUCUGGGGGCUCUGUCUGCUCUUUGCCCUCCCAGACUUCAUCUUCCUGUCGGCCCGCUAUGACGAGCGCCUCAACGCCACCCACUGCCAGUACAACUUCCCGCAGGUGGGCCGCACGGCUCUGCGGGUACUGCAGCUGGUGGCUGGUUUCCUGCUGCCCCUGCUGGUCAUGGCCUACUGCUAUGCCCGCAUCCUGGCGGUGCUGCUGGUCUCCAGGGGCCAGCGGCGCCUGCGAGCCAUGCGGCUGGUGGUGGUGGUGGUGGUGGCCUUUGCCCUCUGCUGGACCCCUUACCACCUGGUGGUGCUGGUGGACACCAUCAUGGACCUGGGGGCCCUGGCCCGCAACUGUGGCCUGGAGAGCCGUGUGGACGUGGCCAAGUCGGUCACCUCAGGCCUGGGCUACAUGCACUGCUGCCUCAACCCGCUGCUCUAUGCUUUUGUGGGUGUCAAGUUCCGAGAGUGGAUGUGGACGCUGCUCUCGCGCCUGGGCUGCCCCGACCGGAGAGGCCUCCAGCGGCAGCCGACGUCUUCCCGCCGGGAUUCAUCCUGGUCCGAGACCACAGAGGCCUCCUACUCUGGCUUGUGAAGCUGGAAUGGGGGCUCCCGUUUCACCCCACAGCCUGACUCCCCCCACUUUCCAGGCUCCUCCCUCCCUCUCAGCUGGGCCGGCUCUGGCUGUCCCCACAGCCUGGCCCCUGGCACUCACGGGCGGCCCCAGCACCGCCGGCUCUCCCAGGAAGCUGCCCUCCGGCCCCGGGCGCUGCGCCGCUUGCUGCUCCUCAGCAGGCAAGCACCACCCUGCCGCCUCAGAGGUGGCCGCCAGGAGCCCCACUGCCCUUCUCAUUCGGAAACCAGAACUUGGCCUUCCCCCGUGGGGCCGGGAAAGGAGCAUAGAGGACACUGCCCCUGUGGGGCUGCGGCCCAGGCCUCCAGCUCAGCAGCGACUGUGGCUGGGGUCCCCAAGAUCUGUUUGCUCACUUCUAUUUUUAUGUCUAAAUUCCUGCUUAAAACUUUUCAAUAAACAAGCCCCUGAGGACCA